GGGCAAUCAUGGUGCCGCUGGGGAGGGGAGAAGCUGCCGCUGCCGCCGUUGCCGGGAGCCGCGGAGAAAGGCCGUUACCUUUUCAUUUCUCACAAUUGGGCUGAGCACACGUGAGCCAUGGGGGAACACAGUCCAGACGACAACAUCAUCUUCUUUAAGGGAGAGGAGGAUGACCUAACCCCACAUGACAAGAUGCUCAGGUUUGUGGAUGACAACGGACUGGUGCCUUCCUCAUCUGGAACUGUUUAUGAUAGGACCACUGUUCUCAUAGAACAGGACCCUGGCACUUUGGAGGAUGAUGAAGACGAUGGACAGUGUGGAGAACACUUGCCUUUUCUGGUGGAAGGUGAAGAGGGCUUCUUAAUAGAUCAGGAAGCAAUGUCCCAGGGUUACGUACAACACAUUAUCUCACCAGAUCAAAUUCAUUUGACUAUAAACCCUGGUUCCACACCCAUGCCAAGAAACAUUGAAGGUGCGACUCUCACUCUGCAGUCAGAAUGUCCAGAAACGAAACGGAAAGAAGUAAAGCGGUACCAGUGCACCUUUGAGGGCUGCCCUCGCACCUACAGCACAGCAGGUAACCUGCGCACCCACCAGAAGACUCACCGAGGAGAGUACACCUUCGUCUGCAAUCAGGAGGGCUGUGGCAAGGCCUUCCUCACCUCCUACAGCCUCAGGAUCCACGUGCGAGUGCACACAAAAGAGAAGCCAUUCGAGUGUGACGUGCAGGGGUGUGAGAAGGCAUUCAACACACUGUACAGGUUGAAAGCACAUCAGAGGCUUCACACAGGGAAAACGUUUAACUGUGAAUCUCAAGGCUGCAGCAAAUACUUCACCACACUCAGUGAUCUGCGGAAGCACAUUCGAACCCAUACAGGAGAAAAGCCAUUUCGAUGUGAUCACGACGGCUGUGGGAAAGCAUUUGCAGCAAGCCACCACCUUAAAACUCACGUCCGGACGCACACUGGUGAAAGACCCUUCUUCUGCCCCAGUAACGGCUGUGAGAAGACAUUUAGCACUCAGUAUAGUCUCAAAAGUCACAUGAAAGGUCAUGACAACAAAGGCACCGCCUACAGUGCACUUCCACAGCACAAUGGAUCAGAGGAUACAAAUCACUCACUUUAUCUGAGUGAGUUGGGCCUUCUGUCCACAGAUUCUGAACUGCAAGAAAAUUCCAGUUCGACACAGGACCAGGACCUCAGCACAAUUUCACCAGCAAUCAUUUUUGAAUCAAUGUUCCAGAAUUCUGACGACCCUGCGAUUCAGGACGACCCUCUGCAGACAGCUGCCUUGAUUGACAGUUUUAACGGUGAUGCAGAGUCUGUCAGUGAUAUCCCACCGCCUGCAGGAAAUUCAGCGUCUUUGUCUCUUCCACUCGUACUGCAGCCCGGCAUCGCCGAGCCACCCCAGCCUCUACUACCAGCGGCAGCUCCGUCCGCUCCUCCACCCGCUCCCUCCCUAGGACCUGGUUCCCAGCCAGCUGCAUUUGGCAGCCCCCCUGCUCUCUUACAACCUCCAGAAGUGCCUGUUCCCCACAGCACACAGUUUGCUGCUAAUCAUCAAGAGUUUCUUCCGCACCCCCAGGCGCCACCCCAGACCAUCGUACCAGGACUUUCUGUUGUUGCUGGGGCUCCUGCAUCAGCAGCAACAGUGGCGUCAGCCGUGGCAGCACCAGCCCCACCACAAAGUACUACUGAGCCCCUGCCUGCUAUGGUCCAGACUCUGCCCCUGGGUGCCAACUCUGUCCUAACUAAUAAUCCCACCAUAACCAUCACCCCAACUCCCAACACAGCAAUCCUGCAGUCCAGCCUAGUCAUGGGAGAACAGAACUUACAGUGGAUAUUGAACGGUGCCACCAGUUCACCACAAAACCAAGAACAAAUUCAAGCAUCGAAAGUGGAGCAGGUGUACUUCACCACUGCUGUACCAGUGGCCAGUAGCACAGGGAGCUCUGUUCAGCAGAUUGGCCUCAGUGUUCCUGUGAUCAUCAUCAAACAAGAGGAGGCCUGUCAGUGUCAGUGCGCGUGCCGGGACUCUGCGAAGGAGCGGGCGGCCGGCCGGAGAAAGGGAUGUUCUUCCCCACCCCCUCCAGAGCCGAACCCCCAGCCUCCUGAUGGGCCCAGCCUGCAGCUGCCACCCUAGACUUCUCCCUCAUCCCUGCCCCCCACCCACCCUCCUCCGCUGGACCCUCUUCCUGGGAGCACAGCAGACAGGCUGAGGCUCCUCAGACCCUCCAAAAUGUUAAGUGCCAUGGAUGUGUGAGAGUUCCUGUCCCUCCAGAGCCUGGACACGCCGUCCAAUCCGGUUCACAGUGAAGCACUACUGCAGGGGUAGAGGAAAGAGCCUGGCCAGCAGCUUCUCCAUGGGAAGGGCCUGUGCGCACACCCCUCCAGGAACAGGGUGAGCAGGAAGGACCGGGUGUGAUGCUGUCAUCAUGGGGUCAGAAAUUGGAAGGAUGAAGAAAUCUGCCAUCUGAAAGCUCACCUUUCAGACGUAUUUUCUUUACUCAUAUCCCAGGAACAUCCAUUUUAAGGAACUGAUCUUUGGAGGAAAAAACAAAAAAAAAGAAAAAAAAAAAGAAAAAAAAAGGCUAAGUUAUAAGUGAACUGUCUGGCUGCACUGUGUGUCACUUUUGCUUAUUGUUAUGUGAACUUGGAAAUUAAGGUUACGUGUAUGCAUAAAAGUUCUAAAUGAAAGGGUGUGGUUUCCAUCACUUUGGCACUGCCCAUCAUUUGCACUGGGGUCACUGUGGAUUGGGCAGGAGAGGUCACUGUGCCAGGUGAGGCUCCUCUUCUGUGUCUGUUUAAUCUGAGGCAGCACCUGGAGGGCCAGGCCACCGCUCUGUGAAAGCCGGUAGUGGCUAGGGCAGGCGAGAGCGUGAGUUAGACAGGGUGAGUUGCUUUGUUGUCGGCACUUGUUUUCUGUGGAGCUUGGGGUAGAUGCAGAGGGGCCUGCCCUGUGUCCUGCUCAGUCCUAGCGGGCAGCCACAGGCCUCCUGGCCAGAGGAAAGAUGUGGUUCUGCAGGGCCCAGAGGCAGUUGUUGACAGCUCUGUUGAUAAUGUGCUAGGCCCUAGAGCUAUCUAGCACAGCCGCGGUCUUGCCUUCUAGGCUCUGUCCAUCUCUCCGUGCUUGUCGGUGCUUGAGGCUUGGAGUUCAUCCCCCCUAAGGAAGCAACCCUGUUUUAUCCUAAAGUGAACGAGAAGCUUCUGGCCAGUGGAUGCCAGGGUCUUCCUGCCUUUGAUGAUGUUCGUUUCCUCAGAGCGGAAGGGCUACUCUUCCAGAGAAGGUGCAGAGCUAAGGGAGUUAGAUGGUGAGGCAGCAGGUGGUCGGCGGGCAUUCUGGUACCCAGUUCUAGCCAGGCUUUUGGUUAUCCUCUCCCAUCUGCAUGUCUCAUGUCUCUUAGAUUUGCAUACAGUGCAAAGGAGGAUGUGAUCUAUAAACGAAAAGGAAUAAAAACCUAAAAUGAUGAUAUUCUACUCAGGGUAAAACAAACAAACAAAAAAAUUCCCCUUCCACCAAAAAGCCUGAAGCUUGCAGUCAGUUUACCUCAUUUGGAAUGUUUUGUUGAGUUGUGUUACAGGAAUUUUUUUUUUUAUUAGUGUAUAGAAUUAUACCCAUCUUCUUGCCUUUGGCUCCUGGUUAUUGCCUCUUCAAACAUAAGUACAAUCUAUAGGAGAAUGGGGGUGUGGCUGUCCUUCAGCUAUUUACUGUAGCCAUUAGGGCUUGGCAAGGUCAGAAGGUAGCUGGGUGUGGAACUGCCUCCAGCAAAGAGCAGGGUCUGGUGCCCAACCAGGACAACCAGAGAGUGUAGGUUGCCUUCCUGCAGACUGGGCCUUUCCUCAGAGCCAGCUAGGAUGGUGACCCUUGUCUUUAGGCAAGAUAUUUAGGGACAAUUGGCCAAGAGGGUCAUGGCAGCAGUGUUGAGAAAUGGCACAGAUACAAGCAGCUGUCCACUUCCAGGAUUGGACCAGGAGUAUGAAUUUCUGAUGUUCAACACCCCCACACCCCACACACACCCAAAAAAGGUUGAUGGAUUUGGACAACCAUAGACCUCGCAGGCAGGAAUCUGCAAGGUGGGAGGAGCCCUCUGUCUAACCGUGGUUAGUCCUUCUGGGGACCAGCUGCUUGAGUGUAGAUUGUCCUCUGCUGUCUCUAGGACUUGUUCUCACAGGAAGCUUUGCACUCGGGCCCUCACUCAUUUCUCUUCUCUGAGGAGAGCAGCGAAUGGGAUUCCAAAGUGAGCUUGUAUCAAGGGGUAGUAAUGGCCCUCCCACUCACGCUGCCUAUGACGACCUGGGAGCAUGUAUGGAAGGUUUUAAUGGUUUAAAUAUGGCUUCUUGGUUAGCUAGGGCUGUGCUCUUAAUGGUCCAUUCCUAGGUUAUUGGCUUUUCACCCUCCACAGUUGGGGUGGUGAAGAAACAUCUGAGCAGUGUUGAGGCUGAAGUGUUUCUAGGUGAAGGAGCUAAGUGAUUUUAGAACAUAAGAGACUCUCAGAGCCAAAGAGCUUUUGGAAAGUGAGGGCUCUGCUUGCAGUCGGUGGUUGUGGAGAGCCAGUGUAUGAAACAGGGUAGACAGACACUUUGGCCAUGCUGUACCAGUGGUCCUUCCCCCAGCUUUCCACAAGCCCAGCCUCUAACGCCAAGGACCUUGGAGAAGUGGGAGCGUCCUGGUUAAACCCUUCAUGCAGUGGCUUCUCCAGGGAAUGACCUUAGGGUAAGGCCGAGAAGAGGGAAUUCUGGCAGGUGGAUGUAAGCCUUUCCAUCCACGACAGCCAUCACCACUGUCAUCCUGUAGACAAGACUUCUUCCAAGAGACUAGUCGGCAGCAGGGCUGGUGGACCUAGGGGGUGGUCAGGUAAUCUUGGUCCCACCCAAUUGCCUUAUAAAUGUGGUCCUUCCAAGGCAGGAGGGUAAGGCUGAGGGAAGAGAGCUCUGUCCUUGAGAACCACUGUCCUCUAUUGCCUUUGGGUCAUAAGAUGAUGGUACAGUGCCAAGGAGAAGUUUGGGGUGUGGAGAGCCCCCUAGGGACUUCCCUUUCAGAGUCAGUAGAUGGGAAAAGGUGGUUAUCCGGGUCAAGGCAGUGGGCUGAUGGGGUAAUGGCGGUGCCUGAGGUUUUCCUGAGGCUUUGUAUGAUGCUGAAUGUGUCCAGAGGGACAAAUUUGCAGAACCUCAUAUUGAUAUUUUAAAGAAAUAAUAAAAUAAAAAGCACUUUAGGUUACUUUAUCUUUAACCCAAUUGCUGCAAUUUUUGUUGUGUAUGUAUAUUUACAUAUAUAUACCUUCCCCAAAGUUUUAUUUUUUUGCUCAGAAUAAAAGUUAAGUUGAGGUGUAAAAAGAAGAGCACUUACUUGGGUGCAAUAUAUGUGUAGCUUGACAGUCGCUAUCCCAUGUGGCCCUGGCCUGGCCUAUGCUGAAGCUGGUGGCCACAGGGAACCACUAUUAGCAUCUCAGCAGCUGCUCAAUCUAUGCAAGCCUUCCCGUGUGUCCGGGGCGCCCCCCUCAGGCCCUCCGAGGAACUGCUGCAGCUGUUUUACUGUUGAGGCCCCUUUUCAACUACUCCGUCCCCUGCUCUCUUUCCCCUCUUCCCCAGGACAAAAUGAUUCCUGAAAGGAAGGGUCAGUUGUUCCUAGGUAGAAACCUGGCACCUUUAGACUUUCAUCUUUGUAAUCACAUCCAUUGAAGGGAAAGCAUCUCCAGUAUCACUGAGACUGUUGAACUGCACUACUGCUGCGAAUUUUACAGCUUUUUUUUCACAGCCCCAAUCAGAAAUAUGUUGGAAGGCUCUCUGCACCACCUCUGUUGGCUCAAAAGCAGAAUGACUUCUAUGCUUCAUCAAAUCCAUUUACGAAGCCGUUAAUGACCCCCCUUACUGGCUCCCACUUAAAUUCCCAACUGUAGAGGCAUUUUAAAUAUACUCCAGCCAAGGCAAGAUUUUCACAGACGAAGUUUACAAGUGGUUGUGCUGUGACAUAGAUGGGAAACUGUCCAUCUCUUCUCUGAGGCAGAAGGGGACGAGCCAUAAAACUGGAUCACCAUAUUUCUGAUUGGUCUGCCUGCUCUGUUUCUUGCAUGUUCUUGGGUCUUGUUUCUUAUGCCCCUGCUCUUGGGGAGGUUGGUCAUUAGCCUGGGCAUCUCUCUGUUCUGGAGGCUUGAGGACUUCUCAGUCUGCAUUGAAAAUGCAAAUUUAAUUGGAUCUGUCAAGGUAUAUUACAGAACAACCUUUUCCUAGAACUGGUAUGUAAAAACCAUACACUGCUCCUUGGUGGUGGCCUACUGGGACAAAAAUAGAUGAUAAUGUCAUGUCACUUUCUCAAUUCAAUGCAAUUUCUACUUUUUUUUUUUUUUUUUUUUUACAGGUAAUGUUUUCAUAAAAGUUUUUUCCACCAAAAUCUAGGGUGUUUAUUGCAGUAUCCCCACGUCCCUCAAGGUGCCAAGUCAGGGGCUUGCCCGCCCUUGCCUCGGGUGUUGUCAGGCUUCCCAAGGGCUGUCUGAGUCAACAGCCUGCAUCUUUGGUUGUGCUCUGGAGAAGAUGUCACUGAGGUUGGAGUUCCAGGCAUCUAUUCCCCUUUCCUGCAAAUUCCCUAUCGCAGUUUGGGGAAGGUGACUGGAAAACAGGCUUUUCUGGUUGUCUGGCUCAGAUCUAGCCAGAAAAGGCCACAAACUCUUUUCUAACACAAACUAAUCAUUGGCCAGUGGUCUUGGUGACAAGUCCC